AUGCCUUCGCACACUAAUUUCCUUCUUCAUGCCUUUGUCCGGUUGGCCAUUGCAACCACGGCUCUUUCACAAAGAUCUCCCAAAGUCUAUGACAAGGUUUGUCCCCAAGCUUUGCCAACCAUCAAGAAAACAGUGCAGGCUGCUGCGCAGGGAGCUUCUUUACUUCGUCUGCAUUUCCACGAUUGCUUCGUUAAUAGUUGUGACGGUUCACUUCUUUCGGAUUCUACGUCUACUAUGGACAGCGAGAAAAAUGCACAUGGAAACUUUAAUUCUGUGAGAGGAUUUGAAGUGGUAGACCAAAUUAUGGCUGAAGUAUACAGAUUUUGUGGACGCCCGGUCGUUUCUUGUGCAGAUAUCUUGGCUGUUGCAGCUCGAGAUUCUGUAGUUGCGCUAGGAGGCCCGUCAUGGAAGCUUCAUUUGGGUAGGAGAGAUUCGACCACAGCUAGCAGGACCUUAGCAGACACUGCACUUCCAUCUGCAUCCGUGGAGCUCCCUGCAUGGAUCAACAACUUCAAUAAUCAGGGCCUGAACCAAAGAGAUCUUGUGCUCUCUGGUGGCCACACCAUUGGGCUGUCACAAUGUUCUAUCUUUAGGAACAGAAUUUACAAUGCCACAAUUGCUAAUGAGCGCAGAGCAACUUGCCCACGUGUCGGAGGCGACACUAACCUCUCUCCUUUUGACCCUACGCCUGCACGCUUUGACACUGCAUACAUCAAAAACUUGGUGUGGAAGAGGGGACUACUCACCUCAGAUCAGGCACUUUUCAACGGUGGCUCAACUGAUAAACUUGUAAAGUUUUACUGCUUGAACCCCGACGCUUUCUGGGGAUUUGCUAAGUCUAUGAUUAAGAUGGGGAACAUUAAGCCCUUAACCGGAAAGCAAGGACAAAUUCGUGUCAACUGCAGGAAGAUACAAUUAAAGCAUGAUUUCCAGAGUUAG